AUGGCGCACAUCACCAUAAAUCAGUACUUGCAGCAAGUACAAGAAGCCAUUGACAGCAGAGAUGGACAAUUUUGUGCAGAAUUGGUAUCAUUUAAACAUCCACAUGUUGCAAACCCAAGGCUACAGCUUCCAUCUCCAGAGGAGAAGUGUCAACAAGUUUUGGAACCACCAUAUGAUGAAAUGUUUGCAGCCCACUUAAGGUGUACUUACGCUGUUGGAAACCACGACUUCAUAGAAGCCUACAAAUGCCAAACAGUUAUCGUCCAAUCUUUCCUGCGAGCGUUUCAGGCACAUAAAGAGGAAAACUGGGCUUUACCUAUUAUGUACGCUGUAGCCCUCGAUCUUCGCAUUUUUGCUAAUAAUGCAGAUCAACAGCUGGUGAAGAAAGGGAAGAGCAAAGUUGGAGACAUGUUGGAAAAAGCAGCAGAACUGCUGAUGAGCUGUUUUCGAGUCUGUGCAAGUGACACUCGAGCAGGCAUUGAAGAUUCCAAAAAGUGGGGCAUGUUGUUUCUCGUGAAUCAACUGUUUAAAAUUUAUUUUAAGAUCAACAAGCUCCAUCUAUGCAAGCCCUUAAUUAGAGCAAUUGACAGCUCAAAUCUGAAGGAUGAAUAUAGUAUGGCACAGCGAGUUACAUACAAAUACUAUGUUGGACGCAAAGCCAUGUUUGACAGUGACUUUAAGCAAGCUGAAGAGUAUCUGUCAUUUGCCUUUGAGCACUGUCACCGCUCGAGUCAGAAGAACAAAAGAAUGAUUUUGAUCUACCUGCUUCCAGUAAAAAUGUUGUUGGGCCAUAUGCCGACAGUCCAGCUCUUAAAAAAGUAUGACCUUAUGCAGUUUGCUGAAGUAACAAAGGCUGUGAGUGAAGGCAAUCUUCUCUUACUAAAUGAUGCUCUGACAAAGCACGAGACCUUCUUUAUUCGAUGUGGAAUCUUUCUUAUCCUUGAGAAGCUGAAAAUCAUCACGUACAGAAAUCUCUUUAAGAAAGUAUAUUUACUACUCAAAACCCAUCAGCUAUCUCUAGAUGCCUUUCUCUUUGCCCUGAAAUUCAUGCAAGUAGAUGAUGUUGAUAUUGAUGAAGUCCAGUGCAUUUUAGCUAACCUGAUAUAUAUGGGUCACAUUAAAGGCUAUAUAUCCCAUCAGCAUCAAAAGCUUGUGGUCAGUAAGCAGAACCCAUUUCCUCCGCUGUCAACAGUGUGUUGAGUUGCAUCUCACCCCUGCAAGUACUUCUUGGACACUCAGCUUGCCCAGCAGAGCUGCUCCUAAUCACCUCGAGAACAUUGUAAAUUACUUGUCUCAUGUCCAGGACUGGAAUACCAGGAACUGUUUGUGGCUCCUUUCCCAGAAUGACCAAGGCUGCCAGUGUUACAAAAUGCAUUGGAAUGAAAUGCUGACUUUUCAGUGAUAGUUUCUGCAGGCUUCCUAGAUCAUUCAAAGUAUUUCAUGAGGAAAUAAAGCAAAACAUUCCAAAUUACUUCCAAACUACUUAGAGCUUUUAUAAAAUACUUUGUGUUACUAUUUCUGCAUUUAUCUUUCAGAGAGGAGAAGUAUUAUUCUUUGUUACUUGUGUUAAUCCAUUCUUCAGAGUGAAAAUGGUGUUUCCUUUCAUGGUUUCCAUUAUUUUUUUUAAGUCUCUUCAAUAAUCUUGCUGGUAUUAAAUACUCUUCAAGCCUUCUCUGAAAUCUAGAGAAGUGCUUGACAC